AUGGAAAGGAAAUGUAAAAUUGUUCUUGAUAUAAAGCCUAAACUUAAUGUAAUGUUUUGUGUUUCAGUUAAUGGAAUGAGUCCUAACCGUUGUUUUGGAAAUAUGAUUCUCUAUCUUUUGUUUACCAUUCUUGAAUCAAAGGGAAUGCAUAUGGUAUCAAAUGAAGUUGGCUUCACUGCACGUUUGAUUCACCAUGAUUCACCUUUAUCGCCAUUUUACAAUCACGCUAUGACAGGCACUGCACGGAUAGAGGCGACCGUUCAUCGUUCUAGGUCCCGCCUGAGUUAUCUGUAUUACAUCAACAAGUUAUCAGAGAAUACAUUAGAGAAUGAUGUGUCAUUAUCACCAACAUUAGUUAACGAAGGUGGUGAGUACCUAAUGAGUUUCAACAUUGGAAAUCCUCCAAGUCAAGUGAUGGGAUUUUUAGACACAUCAAAUGGUCUCAUUUGGGUGCAAUGCUCAAACUGCAAUAGCCAAUGUGAGCCAGAAAAAAGAGGCCCCACCACCAAGUUUCUCUCUUCCAAAUCCUUCACCUAUGAGAUGGAACCAUGUGGCUCUAACUUUUGCAAUUCCUUAACUGGCUUCAAGACCUGCAAUUCAUCUGAUAAAUGGUGCAAAUAUAGAUUAGUGUAUGGAGAUAAUAAAGCAACAAGUGGAAUUCUUUCAUCUGAUAAUUUUGGUUUUGAUACCUCUGAUGGGAAGCUUGUGGAUGUUGGCUUUUUGAACUUUGGCUGUUCGGAAGCUCCUUUAACAGGAGAUGAACAAAGUUAUACAGGGAGGGUGGGCUUGAACCAAACACCCCUGUCAUUAAUUUCUCAAUUGGGUAUAAAAAAGUUCUCCUACUGCUUGGUUCCUUUCAAUAGUUUAGGAUCAACAAGUAAAAUGUAUUUUGGAUCAUUACCUGUAACUUCAGGGGGUCAAACUCCUUUGUUAUAUCCCAAUUCAGAUGCUUAUUAUGUGAAGGUUCUUGGAAUCAGCAUUGGGAAUGAUGAGCCACACUUCGAUGGAGUUUUUGAUGUAUAUGAUGUCAGAGACGGGUGGAUCAUAGAUACAGGAAUAACAUACUCAAGUCUUGAAACAGAUGCCUUUGAUAGUUUGCUAGCUAAAUUCCUUACACUAAAAAAUUUUCCACAGAGAAAAGAUGACCCUAAAGACAGAUUCGAGUUGUGCUUUGAAUUAGCAAAUGCAAAUGAUUUAGAGUCAUUUCCAGAUGCCACAGUUCAUUUUGAUGGUGCAGAUUUAAUUCUAAAUGUAGAAAGUACCUUUGUGAAGAUAGAAGAUGAUGGAAUUUUCUGCCUUGCCCUUCUACGUUCUGGAUCUCCAGUUUCAAUAUUAGGGAACUUUCAGCUGCAAAACUACCAUGUUGGGUAUGACCUUGAAGCUCAAGUUAUUUCCUUUGCUCCUGUUGAUUGUGCUGAUUCCUAA